CGGUAUGCAGCAGCGGGGUACCGCACAUGCCUAGUGGUGCAGUCUCAGGACAGAGUGGCCGACAGGCUUCUAGGCAUGCGCCUCACUCCCUCGCCCCAACCCGUGCCCGCACCUGCUGCAGCUGCUGCUGCUGCCUCCCAGCCGCCGCUGCUGUGUGCUCUCCGUGUGGAAACCACCAAGCUGCUACUGGCUCCUCUCGAGAUCAUAAAGAAGGCGGACGAGCGACUGGGAAUCACACAAGGCGCACUGGCAGAGGUGGUGGGUGAGGAGCUGUCGGUGCUGCCCGGAAUGGACGCGGUAAUGGCAGUCGCUGUCCUGGAGCGCAUCGCGCGUCCAGCUGGCGGCCUCCUGGCCUUUGCCACGUCAUCAGGGCCGCGGGCCACGUCAGCAGGGAAGAAAGGGCGGCAGCAGGGGAGUGGCUGGGAUGUAAGGGGUAGCAGAGCAACAACAGCAACGGGAGAGUGGGUGUACCCGUGGGGGGAGGAGGAGGCGGAGGUGGUGGUGUUUGACGGGGCCACCACUUGGGAGGUGCUUCGCAUGCUGGCUAGCCCGGAGAAAGCCAGGUGGUAUCUGAGGAGGUUUCGCACCCUGGCAGAGCGGACGGACAUCGGCCGUGUGGCUCUGCCCUCUGUGGCCCGCCUGCUCGACUCCAUUGUGGGCUCGUCCAAAGGGGGUGGUGCUGCUGGUGGGGCUCUGCCUUCAGUGGCCCGCCUUCUCGACUCCAUCGUGGGCUCCUCCAAAGGGGGGAGCAUUCCUGGUGCCGCUGCUGGGAGUGGAGGGGAGGAUGGGCAGCGCAGCAAGGCGGAGAUAUGGGAGAAGCUCGACUGCUUCCUCUCUGUGAGUAGGGAGACUAAUGGCUCAAGUGGCUCUGGACUCCGUGGCCCGCCUGCUGGACUCAAUCGUGGGCUCCUCCAAAGAGGGAGCGCUGGGGGUGCUGGUGGGGGUGGGAGUGCUGGUGGGGGUGGGAAGGAUGGGCAGCGCAGCGCAGCGAGGCACAAAGCCGUCUCAGCGUUUGCCGACCCCUACCGCACCUCCGUCUUCCUAUUGGCCGACGCAGCGAGCCACUCGUCAGUCGACACGUGUCGCCGCAUCUGGGGCUGUGCCGUGCAAGCAGGCGUGUCCCCUUCAGGCGUGUUCCUUCUCCCAUCGGACGUAGCAUCGGGGGGAGCAUUGGGAGGAUUGGCAGAAAAGUUUUCUCCGCUGCCCGUGGCAGAACUGCCCGUGGUGUCAGAGGAGGCCCCGGCGGCUGUAGCUGCCGCGGCCGGUCAGAUGAGCGAUGGAGCGGUGGCAGUUAUGAACGGGGAAGGUGCGGGGAAGGCUCCUCCGGCGUGGACGUGGACGUGGCGGCGUGCACGAGAGUCAAUCAACCAUAUGAAGCUCUGGGUGUUUGACAAGCAGGAGGUCAAGCUGCAGCAGGCGAGCCGGUUGGCCUCAAAACUGGAAGGGCGGGGCAGAGCUGCUGGUAGAGGCGGGGGACCAGAGGCGGUGUGUGGAGCUGCCUCGAGCUGUUCAGGGGAAGUCGAAGCAGGCUGGUUUCUCCCCGGCGUCGGCAGUCUACCCACCAACCGUCUUCCACCCGGCUUGAACUCAGCCGUCGCGGCAGCAGCCGCAGCAGCCAGCAGCAGCAGCCCCGCAGCGACACUCAACUCAGCGCUCUCCGGCCUCCAGUCGUCCUUCAACGGUCAGAUCACGUCUCUCGACGAGCUUCUCAAGAAAUCGCUCGAGCAGAUCUCGGCGGCCCUCAGCAGCAACGCGUCCGCGGACGCCGCGCUCCAGGCGCAGAUAUCCGCGCUAAAAGCCAACCUCGCUGCUUUAAACGGGAGCCUCGCCAGUCUGAACGCGCUGAACAUCUCAGGGUCGAAUCUGAACUUCACGGAUUUGAUUUCCCAGAUCUCGGGGAUUCGAUCUAACAUUUCAUCGAUCAGCAGCAGCAUCGCCGCUCUGAACAAGGACCUGGCGGGGAUAAUAGGCUCGGGUGCAGGCUCGGGCGUAGGCUCGCGCGUAGGACCAGCGGCAUUGUCCAGCGCAGCCGCCACCGCAGCUUCCGCGAGUCGGAGCGCGGCGAUCCGCGCGGCUGUGAGGCAGCGGCUGGCGGCUGUGACGCAGCGAGUCGCGGGGCUCAACGGGAAUGUGUCCGCCCUCGCUGGGAUGCUGAACGCUCUGAACGGCGCCCUGAACGGCGGUGGUGUCAAUAGCGGUCUGGUGGCUGAUGUGGCUAAUCUUCUUCCCCAGCAGGCGGGCAUGCUGCAUGCUGUGCUGACGUCAUGCAACGGCCUGCUGUCACUCCAAGCCGGCGCUGCUGAUAUUCAGAUCCUCAAGAUUGGUUCGGACUAUCUGCUCACAUACUACCUGUACGCAGCAGGAGUGACCAAGGCCCCGGACUCACAGGCCAUUUUCAAGGGCAACGCCUGCAGCACCGCUGCUGCUUCAGCAGCCCUCGCCCUGCCUGGCACGUGGGUGCCCAUGAGCCCUGUGUCCUGGUCGCUGGCCAAUGUCGUGAGGGCGUCAGCUGCUGACGUGGCGGAUGUGCUGGCAUCGUUCCAAGGGAUCACCAAUGAUGACCUGAUGGAGGGGACUAAGGAUGGAGGGCGCACCUGCGAGGGUGUAGAUGCGGUUGUGGGCGAGGAGCAGCGUGGAGACUGGCAGCAGGCGAUGGGGCACUGGCAGACAGGAGAGGUGGCGAUGGGACAGACACACGCUGCUGCUGGUACUGGUGCUCGUGGGAAGGGAGAGGGCUGCAGAUAG